UCUUUGUAUUCCUCUGGCUCUCUCCUGGCCACACCAGCAUCUCUCCUCCUCUCCUGGCUUAGCCUCCCCCAGCCUCCCCAUCUUGAGCUCAGCCUCCUCCCCCUUACUCUUCUCUUCUCCCCACCCCUCCCUCUCACCCCACACCAAGAAGAAUCCCAGGGUUACUGUCCACCCUGGGGGUCUCUGUGCCUCAUUUUCUUCUCUACUCCCCUCCCCACUCCCUCACUGCUGGUUUACUAGGCACUCAUCCUGGUCUGCCUGGGCAUCCCCCCCACCCCAUGGCUGUCAUCGCCACCAUCUCAUCACCUCCUCUUCUCCCCACCCUCUCCUCCCUUCUUCCUGCCCCUUUAAAUCUGCCUGGCCCAGCCUCUCUGGUGAUGCUGGGAUGGAGCAAACAUUGAUUUGUGCUGGGAUGGAAUCAGAAUUUUGAUUUUUUUCCUCUCCCAAGCAUAAGAAGAAAAAAUAAAAACACCCCCUCUAGAUAGCCUCCUCUUCCUAACCAUCCAGCUCCCGGCUCCUCUUCCCUAUCUCCAUCCAAAACAGAUUUUUUUCCCCCCUACACUAUUCUCAUCCUCCCCACCCCCCACCACCGCCGGCUCUUCCAGCUGGGGAGAGAGGGGACUUUCUCCUGCGGAUCGCCCACCUUCGUUCUGGGGUUGGAGCAGUCUCUCCGGAAGGGGAGGGGGCUUGGUUUGGCGGGGAGAGGUGGGAGUGGAGGUAUCCUGCCAUGGAUGAUCUGCCUGGGAAGCGGCUUGAGCCCCAGCCCACAUGCCACUCAGGAUGAGGGUCCGGCCCUGCCAGCCCGCGCUGGGCGACCCCCGCACGGCCCCGGUCUAACUGCCCCCGCCCCCAGGCCUCGCCCCGCUCCCAGGCCCCCAGCCGGCUCUCCAGCCCCAGGAUGCUCUGAGCCGCCAGGGGGCCGAGGCCGCGCAAACUACUUGCAUGUCCCCCGGGGGCAAGUUCGACUUUGACGACGGGGGCUGCUACGUGGGGGGCUGGGAGGCGGGGCGGGCACAUGGCUACGGCGUGUGCACGGGGCCCGGCGCCCAGGGCGAGUACAGCGGCUGCUGGGCGCACGGCUUCGAGUCACUGGGCGUCUUCACGGGGCCCGGCGGACACAGCUACCAGGGCCACUGGCAGCAGGGCAAGCGCGAAGGGCUGGGAGUGGAGCGCAAGAGCCGCUGGACGUACCGCGGCGAGUGGCUGGGCGGGCUGAAGGGGCGCAGCGGCGUGUGGGAGAGCGUGUCUGGCCUGCGCUACGCCGGGCUUUGGAAGGACGGCUUCCAGGACGGCUACGGCACCGAGACCUACUCCGACGGAGGCACCUACCAAGGCCAGUGGCAGGCCGGGAAGCGCCACGGCUACGGGGUACGCCAGAGUGUGCCGUACCAUCAGGCGGUGCUGCUGCGCUCGCCCCGCCGCACCUCCCUGGACUCGGGCCACAGCGACCCCCCGACGCCGCCCCCGCCCCUGCCCCUGCCAGGCGACGAGGGAGGUAGCCCGGCCUCCGGCUCCCGGGGCGGCUUCGUGCUGGCCGGCCCCGGGGAUGCUGACGGCGCGUCCUCCCGAAAGCGCACUCCCGCGGCCGGUGGAUUCUUCCGCCGCUCGCUGCUGCUCAGCGGGCUACGGGCGGGCGGGCGGCGCAGCUCCUUGGGCAGCAAACGGGGUUCUCUGCGCAGCGAGGUGAGCAGCGAGGUGGGCAGUACAGGACCCCCGGGCUCCGAAGCCAGUGGGCCACCGGCCCCUGCGCCACCGGCCCUCAUCGAGGGCUCGGCCACUGAGGUGUAUGCUGGCGAAUGGCGCGCCGACCGGCGCAGCGGCUACGGCGUGAGCCAACGCUCCAACGGGCUGCGCUACGAGGGCGAGUGGCUGGGCAACCGGCGGCAUGGCUAUGGGCGUACCACACGCCCCGACGGCUCCCGCGAGGAGGGCAAGUACAAGCGCAACCGAUUGGUGCACGGAGGCCGCGUGCGCAGCCUUCUGCCUCUGGCCCUUCGGCGGGGCAAAGUCAAGGAGAAGGUGGACAGGGCCGUUGAGGGCGCCCGUCGAGCCGUGAGCGCUGCGCGCCAGCGCCAGGAGAUCGCAGCUGCCAGGGCAGCAGAUGCCCUUCUAAAGGCAGUGGCAGCAAGCAGUGUCGCGGAGAAGGCUGUGGAAGCAGCUCGAAUGGCCAAGUUGAUAGCCCAGGACCUGCAACCCAUGUUAGAGGCCCCAGGCCGCAGACCCAGGCAGGACUCAGAAGGUUCCGACACAGAGCCCUUGGAUGAGGACAGCCCUGGGGUGUAUGAGAAUGGACUGACCCCUUCAGAGGGCUCCCCUGAACUGCCCAGCAGUCCUGCCUCCUCCCACCAACCCUGGCAACCUCCUGACCACCGGAGUCCACUGCCUCCCGGAGGGGACCAGGGUCCCUUCUCCAGCCCCAGAGCUUGGCCUGAGGAGUGGGGGGGCCCAGGUGAGCAGGCAGAGGAACUAGCUGGCUAUGAGGCCGAGGAUGAGGCUGGGAUGCAAGGGCCAGGACCCAGAGAUGGUUCCCCACUCCUCGGAGGCUGCAGCGACAGUUCUGGAAGUCUUCGAGAGGAGGAGGGGGAAGAUGAAGAGCCCUUGCCGCAGCUGAGCACCCCAGGGGGCUCGGAGCCUGAGCCUGUGGCCAAGCCAGUGUGGAGAGGCCCAUCCUUAAGGGGUUCUGAAGCCAGGAGCCUGACGGAAGAGCGUGAGGAGGCUGCUGCAACCGAGAGGCCUGCCCAGCCGGGAGCUGCCAACCCCCUGGUGGUGGGAGCCGUGGCUCUCCUGGACCUUAGCCUGGCAUUCCUGUUCUCCCAGCUCCUCACCUGAGGCUCCUGCCUGGCCGAGUUCUGGCUUCAGUUGCUGCCUCAACAUGUCCUUGGCCUGCCUUUUUCUCUUUUCCCCCUUCUGAUUGUUCCUCCUCCUAUCUUUCUUCCCUUUCACCCUUUCUUUUGUCUCUCUUUGUUUUUGUCUCUUGCUUUUUCGUUCCCUCUGUCCUUUCAGAUUCUCUCAUUUAUUCUGGAUCUGUUUCUGUCUUCCUAACUCCCUUCUCCUGUCCCCCUUCCCUUUCUCUCUCUCUCUCUUUCUCUCUAGAUUGUUUACAUAUGAAGGGCUUUUCUCACUCAGAGUUGCUCUCUUCUCUGAGACACACAAAUCUAAGUCAUACCUUUGCCCCACACCCUCCCCGCCUUUUCUUUAGACCUAACUUUUAUGAGUUUGGGGAUUUGGUGUCCUGAGGAGUCUCCUGGAAGCUGAGUAGAAAGAGAGAAAAUGAAGAAGGGGAGACUGUAUGCAGGGCAAGCUACUGGCUCAAAGGGCCUGUUGUCCAUCUGAGGCCUAGGGAAAAAGCCAGAGGAGGUGCAGCCUCCAUCUCUGACUUUGGAGAACCUGUGUCACCUCCAAGCACUGAGCCAGGUUUUGCCUAACUCCAUCCUUCCCUGAAGGAGCUAAGGGAAAAGAAAAGUAGAAUGACUCCCCACCAUCUAUCACUUUCCUCAACAGCCAGCCCCUCAUCCAGCCCCCCAGGGUGGCAUGCCAUGUCAAGAGCAAUGUGUAAAGGAAAGAAAAUGUACAGUGUAGCCAAAUCCACCCACUGACACUCCAACCCUUCUCUCUCCCCCUAAAAGUUUAUUUGGUUGGUCUAGACUCACUUGUGGCCUUUGAUUGAAUUUCUAAGGGGCCUGGAGAAGACAUUUCUACUGCAGAGGAUUAGAGGCACUUGAGCAAGGACCCCACUUCCCAGCUCCAGCAGUUGUGGUGUGGGGAGGCACAGUUCCAUUCUGGAGAAUGGAACCACAGGAGAAAAAAGCUAAAUGGGUUAUAUCCCUUCCCCCAUCACAUCAGAAUCUUGUGAAAUGGGAAAACAACAGAAAGAGGGGAUCAAAGGAAGCCAAUCUCACAUACUUUCCAGGCAGGGUAGAGGUGGGAGUCAAACCAGGGUGAGAGGUGACAGAGAGCCCUGUUUGAGGUUGUGGCUGAUGCCUGGUGAUAGCUUUCCCCUGGGGAAGCCCUAGUAAGAGAGGACUGUAGGGUCCCCAGGGGAUCUUUUCUCCCUCCCCUGCAUGAGGCAGUGCAAGCUGCCUUCCAACCCCCUGCCUCAAGGAAUGGCCUUGCCUGGGAAUGCCCACCACACACACCCUCUUCUUUUUUCUAGUCAAACUGUUUACUCCCUGGCCUGUCUCCCCUCCUUCCUCUCCUCUCAACCUUUACUUCUGAUUUCUACUUCAUGGAAUUUGGGAUUGAAGUUAAACUACAACAGUGCCGCCAACACCACGUCUUGCAGGAAAAAAAAAAAUACAAAGAAAUUUAACAAAAAAUAUAUUAAUAAAAAAGUUCAAAAAAG